AUGAAAAGUGUUCUCAACUAAUAAAAAUAACCUGUACCACUGAACGUAGCCAACAGUAUAAAUAAAAAUGCAAAAAACGAUUUUAUAGUAAAAGAUUGUGACAUACCAAAAAUUAAUAAGAUUCCAACAUCAAAGAGGAUUCAGACUAAACCAAAAGAAAAUGCUGUAAGUGAAUACAAUGUAAUCACAAGAUGCGUGACUGAACAAAGAAGAAGCUCUGUCACGGAAAAUAGUAUUAGUGAAUUUAAAGAAUAAAACAAGAUUCCUACCUAUUGUCUGAAAUGGUUGAACUAUAAAUAUCAAAAGAAAGAAUUUCUUCAAUUGGAGUAGCAAUUUUUAAAAAUUCUAUAAAUAAAGCCUGAGAAAGAUAUUGUUCAUCAAAUAGAACGAGAUCUUUCAAGAACAAUCAAGGCUGAGAACCACCAUACAGAAAUUAAAAAUAUUCUGACUGCUUAUUCUGUUUACGAUCCCAAUAUUGGAUAUGUAUAGGGAAUGAAUUAAAUAGUUUCAAUUCUAUUCAAUCAUGCAAAAUAAGAGUGGAUAGCCUUUUGGCUUUUUGUAAAUUUAAUAGAAUAAAUGGAAAUUCGAGAUAUUUUUUAAUUAUCGCUUAAUGCUAUUAACAAAUACUCAAAAAUUUUGGAUUUUCUUUUGAAUAAAUUUGUACCUAGAAUUUAUGAUAAUUUAUCUUAAAAGUAAGUAAAUACUGAAUUAUUCAUAUAAUAAUGGCUACUAAGCUUACUAUUAUAGUUUAUUCCAUUUGAAUAUACUCAAGUUUAUUUGGAUGGAUUAUUCAAAUAAGGAAUAUCAUAUUUUUAUACUAUAGCAUUAACAAUCAUUAAGGCAUUUGAUAAAGCAAUACAAGAAGAGGAGUAAAUCGAGAUCUUAAUUUUGUUAACUUCAAAACAAUAUAGUUAAUUGAAAUGGCCAUCCAUUUUUGUAUUUUAAUGGGACAUCAAUCCGGGUUAAUUGAGAGUGCUAUUAGAUUGUUUUGAUAGCGACACAAAUUCUUUUCAAAAACCUAAAUUCUAAACGCAUUGCUCAUAGCUUACAACAAACUUCUUCCAAUUUAUUAAAAAUAGUUGAAUUCUAUCUGUUAUAUGACUAUUCCAUUUAAUUUAUAUUUCUUAUUUCUAAAUCUAAUAUGGCUAAAGAGUUCCUGCAAAAAACUUGCAAAUAUAAUGCUCAUCCAAAAUUGAAUAAAAAUAACAAAAUUUAGAAAAAGAUACUACAGAUUUUUUUU